GUCCCAGAGUCAUGGAUCAAAAGUCAAAGGUUCCGUGGAGUUGAAGUGGUGGUUUUGUCCUUGGAUCCCUUGCCCGCCGCACGCGAGCACAUCAUCCACACCCCAUUUCACUCCGACCCUGCGCCAUUCACCCGCCUGGCGCCCCCUUCCAGACUCCAGCAGGUAGCCGUAGUGUACACUUGUGGCUCCUCCAAUCUGCUUUUUCCCUUGGGCUCUCUGUAUGUCUCUGUGUCUCCCCGGCUUGAGGUCGUUGUCUGAGAAUACCGCGCCUGUCCCGCCGUCCCGCCGAGUUCGCCCACUUCUUCGGGGUUACUCGUAACGGCGCGCGGUGUAAGGUACAUGACCGAAAUGGUAGGUAAUGUGUACUGAGGUACUUGGCCCGCACCCGCCCUUUUUAGUCGGUGACGCCUUAAUCAGUGACAGACCCAUUCACCGUCAUCCUGUACUUUCUGGCUGUGGCCCAGCAGGAGAGAUCCACCCCUCACACCCCCCUUAUCCUCUUCUUAUCAUCCAUCCCGCUUUCUUCCUUCCUUCCUUCCUGUCCGCUGUUGGUUCCAGUAGACUGCUGCCACAUAUAUCCUGUGUGUGGCCUGUAUUCGACCACUUCUUGACCUCUUUCCUAUUAUGAAUGCCUGAUCGACCUCGACCUUGAAAUCCUACUCUUCACCGACUUUAGGACGUUGUCAAACGACAAACGUACAACACUUGAACUAAACACGCUAUUAAUACGGGGCGCCGUUAUCGAGGCGUCACUGCGACACCGCGACUGGGGGGGCUUAUCGUGAUUGUUCGCCCAUCCUUUAUCGGACGAACACAACUCAACUACUUACAUACCUCUUCGGCUUGUGUUUGUGCCAGAUCGACGACUUGGUAACAACACAAACACUAUGGCUUUCCAUCAACCUACCCGGCGGCCUUCGCAGCAGCGUGCUGCCCGCCCCGUGCAAGAGGAGGAUCGCGACAUUCCUCAACUCCACGUUCAAGAUCCUACUGCUACCGAUGCCUCCCACUCGUGGGUACUCUUCGAACCGGCCGAUGACACGACGACAGCUUCUUCCUACCUCAGCGAAGAGGAAGAGUCACUUCCCACACCGGGUCGAUCAAGACUCAGUGACAUAGGUAGCCUCAACACGUUCCUACACUCGGCCCGCGACACAGAGUCCCGGCAGUCGGGUGUCCUCUCAAGUGCCAUCGAUGAAGAAUCAGUCGAGGACGAUGCUGAGCUUGACAGCCUCGACAGCCAUCUCCCUGAAUUCAGGACGAUCCCAAGCCUUUACACACAUUCUACUGGUGCUGCUGGGGCGCAAAGCGUCCCUGUGCUCCCCACACAUGAUGGCCUGGGCUCGUUCAGGCUAGACAACCCUGAGGUCCAGGAGCAGCUCUAUGCAUUUGAGAGAUUCAAUCCCAGACAUGUGCGAAGGCGCCGUGAGAGUCUUGAGCUAGCCCAGCUUGAGAUGGAAAUAGAGGAGGAGCAAGAGACGCACAAGAUGCAGAGGAUCGAAGCUUGGCGACUGGAGCAGAGUCGCAUCUUAUUAGAGGAAAUUAGUAGGGAGACCAGACGGCGGCGGCAGUCCAUGGUCUCAGUCAGACCAACUGUGACGACAGAAGAGAAGAAGGCCGAGGAUGUUGCAAGCUUGAGUGUCAUCGGAAAUGAAGACGAUGCUGACAGCAUGGACUGGCACUACGAGUCGACUGACACCCAGGACAAUGAGCGGGGCCUGCUCGCCAGGAUCACCCACAAGGUUCUCAACGACCUGGGCAUCGACGAGAGGUUACUCUCAAUCUUGCUCGGAGAACAACUACCGUCAGACGAUGACUUGUCAACAACUCCCAAGACAGGCGCAGAUUUAUCCAACACACCCACUCAACAGUCCAAUGACUCAUCUUGGCAGCUGCGGGCGUUGGAUCGUGUCGCAAAAGAGCUUGGCCUGAUGGUCAAUCAGCUUUCGCCGCAUAACCACCCUGGUGCCUUCUCGACUUACACUCGCAUGCAGCAAAUGCCUAUUCCUUACGCAGGUCUGCCGGCUAUACCAGAGUCGAGCGCUGAUACGGCAAUGGCUCCCGUAGCACGAGAAGCAUCGACCAAGAUGCCCGAAUUCCAGCCAACAAUGGUUCAACACGCGCGCCCCAUCAACAUCCCCGCUACCCGGCCCCAGUUGGAUCCUCCCGUGCCUUUGACUAGGGAUGAGUCAACCCCAUUGCCUGCUACUUUUACCCAGGAGGAAUGGGAGCAAGACUUGGACGUCAACCUCGUCUUCAGAUACUUGCGAUCCCGCUUCAGCUCGCGGUCGACGCCUUCAUCUACUUUCACAACCGGUACUUCCCAUCUUGCCACUUCAAGCACGCCAGAUGCAGCAGCUAAGGCCGCGCGGGUGCGCCAGCAUCACCCGCUCGUCUCCCGGGCCCGACAGGUAGAGCGGAGGACUUUCAAGGCGACGACACCAUCUAGCCCCGCCGCUAUGAGACACGCCUCCAGCUGUGCGAGUCAAAGUACGCGACGAUCGGCGAGACGGAGCAGCGUUUCAUCACGGCACUAUUGGGAUAUCGGAGGUUCUAUCGGAACGGGAUCAGUCAUCGCCUCGGUAGGCCCGAUGGGCAGUUGGGGCGAAGUCUAAGUAAACGAGAUCAUCAGCAACAGCCGGGCAGAGUCAUUCGUCCCAUUUCUACUCUCUGCGGCCGGCUGCUACCGGCCAUGAUCGGGCGUCUGUCUACAAUAGAUGUAUUACUAUUUGGGUCAGCGGGAGUUACUGAGAACUGUCGCUUGUUUGACGGAUAUUGGGCACAGCAUUAGCAUAUCACAUCAUGACGAGUAAGGGACUUAGAGUUACUAAGCAUCUACAGAUCAUAUAAACAUUAUUGAGUUUGCGUAA